GUGGCCAUGGUGGCGCACGACGAGCUGGGCGGGCUGCUGCCCAUCAAAAGGACUAUCCGGGUCAUCGACGCGCAGAACCAGCACUUCAGGGAGCAGGAGGAGCCGAGCACUAAACGGGUCCGGCCUUUAGCACGAGUCACCUCCCUGGCAAACCUGAUCUCCCCUGUCAGAAAUGGGGCGGUUCGGCGCUUUGGGCAGACAAUCCAGUCGUUCACCCUUCGCAGCGACAGCAAAUCCCCUGGCUGUGCCCAGAAGUCAUGCAGCAGAUCUGCUGCUCCUACUCCCCCUAAGAGAAGGAGCAGCGUCCUUUGGUCUGAAAUGCUGGAUAUCAACACGAAAGAAUCCCUGAGUACCAAAGAAAUCAAGCGCCAGGAGGCCAUCUAUGAAAUGUCCAGAGGAGAGCAGGACCUCAUUGAAGACCUGAAGCUGGCCAGAAAGGCCUACCAUGAUCCCAUGCUGAAACUUUCCAUCAUGUCUGAGGAGGAACUCACCCACAUUUUUGGGGACUUGGAUUCCUACAUUCCUCUGCACGAAGACUUACUGGCAAGUUUGGGAGAAGCAACGAAACCAGAUGGAACAGUGGAGCAGAUUGGGCCUAUCCUUGUGAAAUGGUUACCCCAACUCCACGCCUACAAAGGCUACUGCAGCAACCAGCUGGCAGCCAAAGCCCUCCUGGAUCAGAAGAAGCAGGACAGGAGAGUCCAGGAUUUCCUGCAGCGCUGCCUGGAGUCUCCCUUCAGCCGCAAGCUGGACCUUUGGAGCUUCCUGGACAUCCCUCGGAGCCGCCUGGUCAAAUAUCCCCUGCUCCUCAAGGAGAUCCUGAGGCACACUCCCAAAGACCAUCCCGACAUCCGCAUCCUGGAAGAAGCCAUAUCCAUAAUCCAAGGAGUCCUCUCUGAUAUCAACCUGAAGAAGGGCGAGUCUGAGUGCCAGUAUUACAUUGACAAGCUGGAGUACCUGGAUGAGAAGCAGAAGGAUCCAAGGAUUGAAGGCAGCAAAGCUUUACUGUGCCACGGAGAGCUGAAGAAUAAAAAUGGACACAAGCUCUACGUCUUCCUCUUCCAAGAAAUCCUGGUGCUGACAAGGCCGGUGACCCGGAAUGAGCGCCAGGCGUUCCAGGUGUACCGCCAGCCCAUCCCUGUCCAGGAGCUGCUCCUUGAGGACCUCCAGGAUGGAGAUGUCAAAAUGGGAGGCUCCUUCCGAGGAGCUUUUGGGAAUUCUGAUAAAGCCAAAAACAUUUUCCGAGUCCGUUUCCAAGAUCCCAGCCUGGGCCAGUCCCACACGCUGCAAGCCAACGACGUCUUCCACAAGCAGCAGUGGGUGAACUGCAUCCGCACGGCCAUCGCCCCAUUCCAGAGGAACAUUCCCCCCUCUGAGCUCAAGGAGCUGCCAGAGCUGAGCGAGGAGUCGGAGGAGAACAACCCCUCCGUGCCCAACAUCCCAGGCCAGAAGCUCCGGUCGGGAAUAUCCGACAUGGAGCUGGAUGAGAGCGCGGCCGAGUGCGGCUCCGUCCUGGACUCGGGGGAAGCCAAAGGGGUGAAAUCCCACAGAACCUCAUCCGGGCACAGAAAAUCCAGGGAAAAGCAGCUCAGCGGGAAGCGGAAAGAAACGCUGGUGUAA